AUGUCGGUCUCAAAACUUGAAUCACUUCCUAAUGAAAUAUUGACUGAUAUUUUCGAGAAAUAUAUUAAUGGACUGGAUCUGCUAAUAUGCGUUAACUUUCAACAAAAUCGACGUUUUGAUGAACUUAUCAGGCGAUGUCAACGGCUUCGUUUCAAUUUUAUUCAAUGUCACAAAGAUGAUUUUCGUUUUUGUUUCGGUCUUUUACCGGCAUAUAUCGAUCGAAUAGAAGAAUUAGCCAUAUCAGAAGAAAACGCACCUGGCCAAAUAUAUGCUUUUCUUUCACGUCAUCCAACGUUUGAAUUAUUUACACGACUUCGAACACUUUAUUUUCAUUUCGAUUAUAAUACUCUGGAUGUAGAUUAUAUUCACACAGCUCUAGAAUCAUUAUCGCAAUUAAAUAUUCACACUUUAUCAAUCAAAGCAAUGAACAUAAAAGAUAACUCUGAAUUUGAAUAUGAGAUUACCCGUUUAUUUCAGUUACAGUCACUCAAAUGUUUAACUAUUAAGGGCAGUUGGACUCGUAUGAACUGGGAUAAUUUGGAGUAUGCCGAGUCAAAUAUUGAAUAUUUGGCGAUUUCUGGAAUAGGUUUCCGAUUGCAAGAUUUCGAAUAUAUUUUACAGUUCAUUCCUCAUCUUAAAUAUUUUGACUGUGAAAUAACCAACACAUCUUAUACUCGUCAUUUUCGUGAGAUAGGGAAGAAGAGUUCGAAAACGAAAGAUAAACUAAAAUAUAGACUUCGAACGUUAAUUCUGUCACUUCCAGAAAACAGCUCUUUGACGUUGGAUAUGUUGACAACAUAUUUUAAUUACAUGCCUGAUUUGCAUCAUCUUGAAAUUAAGACAGAUGCUGAAUUAUUGGACGCUGAUGCAUGGAAAAUGUGUUUUGAAACAUCGUUACCGUCACUUACUUGUUUUUCUCUUCGAACAACUACAUCCUUUGCAAACACAACUAAUGUAGAAAGUGUACUCCGCUCAUUUCAAAACUCUUAUUGGAUAGAGAAAAAGAAUUUUAAUAUUAUCAUAGCCGAUCAUGAAGCUUUGGCUUAUGAUUACUUAGAGGUAGACCAGAUCAAACCCCCUGCUCGGUAUAAAUAUGAUCAGCCUGUUACUGGAUGUUGGAUGGCACCAAAUCGUACUAUUGAUAAUAGUAUGGUGACAAUAGAUAAAAGUAUCAAUUUGGCGAUUGGCGACAAAAACUGUAUUUCAUCUUGUCCUUUCUAUUAUGAUAACGUAAAAUACCUUGUAGUUGCUAAUGUUAAUUUAUCCAUAUUAUCAUGGUUGACAACGUAUGUUAAUUGUUCUCAAAUCAAGCACCUCUCUAUUACAAGUACAGAUAAUAGAACGAACAUAUUAAGUUCCCUGUUAGCAUGUGUCACAACAGUGCUUUCGCUCUCAAUAUCAUUCGAUUUGAUUAUUGCCAAUUCCGAAAUCUUCAUGACAACAAAUAUUUGUGUGAAACAUCUUGACACAUCUAUUAAUCAACAUCCAUUUAAUGAACAAGAUAUUAUUCUCCUUGGCCAGUGUUUUCCAUAUGUGGAACAUUUAAAAAUCAAAACAUCAGACUUAUUUAAUGUUCCAUUGUUGAAAACAUAUGUUAAACGUCUGCAUAGUCUCACUUUUGAAAUGCAGCAAAAGGAUCAGUGGUUUGGUGAUAAUUACCGCAAACAAAUGUGGGAAUACAAUCUAAAACGAGAACUAAAAUUUUUCUUCAACAUCAAGGAUUCUACUAUGACAGUUUGGAUCGAUGCAGCUGCAUAUGAAGACCCCUAUUGGCAAAGAUAUGCCAAAGAACAAUCCGCUACUAAUUCUGACAACAAAAAUAAGAAAAAAAGUAGAUUUUCAUUUCCAAAUUUUUUCAAAUAG